AUGUCUUAUUCUAGCUUACCUGUUUCUCCAAUUUUUAAUUCUACUUCUUCGGAUCUUGAUUCCACUUCUUCUUUAGAUCUUAAUUCCAUUUCUUCAAUUAAUUCCCAAAUAAAAAAUACACAUGAAAAUUAUUUCGAAAAUAACAAUAACACAAAAAAAUCCAAAAAAAGAACAUCACCUGUUCAUGAUUAUUUAGAAAUAAUUGAGGGUGGUAUCCGUGUUUGCAAAAUAUGUUUCGAUAAUCCCAAUACUAAUGAACUUGGUAAAUGGGGAGCAUUUACAUCUUUAUCAACAAUUUCACGUCAUUUUGAAAAUAAACACCCAGAUACUUAUAAAGAUUUUCAACGAAAAAAUACAAAAAUUACUUACCCUUCAUAUUCAAUGACCGAUAAAAUUGUUGAUGAUAAUUCUUUUAUUAAAUAUACUACAAAUCUUGAUUUACGAUACAAACUUCCAUGUCGUCAAACCGUUUCUACAACUAUUAAAAACAAAUUCGCAUCUAUGAGAUUAGAAAUUAAAAAGAUUUUGAAAUCAAACCAAGAUCUAGAAAUAAAAGAUAAAGUUAUG